AUGUCGGCCACUACCACACGCGUGAAAUCGGGAAGCUCCGCGGCUCCGCUGGUUAUGUCAUCCCCAUCCGAAACGACGAUGGAGACCAAGACGAAUGCGGGGUUCAAUGGGGCGCGGGGGUCGUCCUACAACACGUACAUCUCGAUUGAUUAUAUUCAACGAAUGUGUUUAUUAAUUGGGACGAGUCGGACCCUUUUGGCCCCGCUGGAUCGGGUUAAAUUUAUCAUGCAAACGCAAAAAGAGUUGAUUCGCCACGGGACGCUGGCCCGGGAGUUCCACAGCGCCUGGGACUGCGCGCGCUACCUCUCGGUGAUCGAGGGCAAUCGAAGCUUCUGGCGCGGGAAUCUCAUCCAGGUGGUUUCGAUCUGUCCGAUUAUCAUCUCCCAGCUAAUUAUCACCAUUCCGGUAGAGCGGUACAUUUUCGAGAGCUUUCCUUUGCAUUCCGCGCUUUGCUGUACGGCCGCGUCCUACGCGGCUCUUCUCGGGGGUUCUUUUGCGACUUGUUUAAUUAGCUACCCCCUCGACUUCGCGCGGUUUCGGCUUGCCGUGGAUGUGAAAUUCGACAAGGACGCCGCCUACGCCUUCAAACACAGCCUGGCCUUCUUUUCCCACCCCGUCUUGAGCGAAUUCACCCCGUAUUUGUACCGCGGCCUGACGUUGUUUGUGUUGGCGAAUUUUCUAUACCGCUGUGUGUACAACGUCUUGAUCGGGGUGAUGAUGACCUGCGUCCCGCCGGAGGACGGCCGGUGGUGGCCGAUUUUCGCGCAAACCACCGCCGGGAUUGGGGUGGCGGGGGUCGCGACGGUUUGUUUGCACCCGAUCGAUCUCGUUCGCCAUCGUUUGAUGAUUGCCGUGACCUCCGAGCGGCUUCGCUACGCCUCCGCGAUGAGCUGUGUGCGGCGAAUCGCGAAAAAAGAGGGCCUUCGGGGGUUCUACCGCGGCAGUGUCGUGACCUUGGUGAAGAUGUUGGCGGCAACGGGGUUGACAAUUGUGGGGUUGCCGUUUUAA